AUGAAAAAGUCUCUGACCGACUCGAACAUCGCCACGUCUGCCAGGUACGUUCACACCACCAGGUUCAUUACUUUCCGUCCGACAGUACCGAACUGCACUCUUUUUCUUUUUCUCCGUCUCUUAUUCAAUUCCACUGCCUUUCUGUCUCUUUCAAAAGCGGGCGGUCUCCAUGCGAAUGCGAAUCGAAAGUGAAAACGAGGCGUCGUCGUCGGCAGGCAACAGCAGCAGCAGCAGCCGCCAGAAGGCAACGUACCUAUUAAUAAAAUGGGCAAUGAUGGCAAUUGAUUUAUAGAGAAAACGAAGAAUAGAUUAGGCGCAACGUUCGUUCGCCGCGGGCUUUCACUCUGUUUUGCAUGGCUAAUAAGGUGGAGAGAAAGUGAGAAAGUGAGAAGAAAUUAGGUGUGUAUACUCCCUUUUUGGUCUUCUCCCCAUUUUGAGAAUUCUCCGACCGGCCGUCACUUCUCAUUGUUCGUUUAUCCCCGCACAAUGUCAGCUGAUUCACUCCGUACUUUACAACAUUGAACAUUUUGUGACACUUUGCCUCGAGACGUCAAAAGACAAGAGAGAUGGACAGUUCCGAUAGAGAUUGUCUUUUUGGAAGACACCCCACUUUUUGAUUCAUUUCUUUUUCUUUUUCUUCUUUCAUUUAUCUCUACAGCUCUAUCACCUUACUUCUUUCUGACCAAAUGUCGCCGUCUUCUAUACAACUACAAGCGAUUCGUUAAUGUCAUCGUUUCUGUAUGCAUUUGGUGCCGGUGACUCACAGAGCACAUCUUGCUCCAAAUGCUUUUCCCGUCCCAAUCAGAAAGCCUUAUAGGCGUGUUUUCGUAACCAGCAGACUCGAUAUGCACCUGAUGAAAAUGAAAAAACAGAACUGUGAUAUUAUCCUCUUCUCACUUCCCCCGUAUUAUCCCUCCCCUGCAUACAUUCACCAAAAACCACAGUUUUUGCCACUUUUCAUAAGUGGUUUUCACUGAAUAGAAUCUAGCGAAUGGGGGUUGAUUUCGGCCUAUCACAAACUACCGUAGCCCUUCCCCGCCUCCCUUCCAAUUUCGUAUUUUUCAGCGAGUGCCCCACGUCGACGACCCUCGUCCGCCAGCUCUACUUGCCCCAGAUUCCGCAGUCGGCGUCGUUCGCUGCCGCGCCAUCCUCCUCUUCGGGAUCGUCGUCCUCGGGAUCCGCCCACCAUCCGAUUUAUCACUCGCAGAACUCGCUGCCGCCCUCUCUCGUCGGCACAUCGCCGCAUUCAGCGAGCAGCAACAGUCUUGUGCAGGUGAAUAGAAAACGAAAGUGCGAGAGUCAAAAGAACGAAUGAAUGCAAGCGGUCGUCUAGAAAAUUGAACGCAUUCUAGUUAUAUUUCAGUUGUGCGAGCGUCGACGCUUGCCCUAGAAAUGUCCUUUUCAGUAAUCCUUUCCGGAAGACUUUUGUCCUGUUUUCGAAUUCAUUUUGACUUGUUUUCUCUCUAUUUCCCGGAACUGAAGCCUAUUUCUCUUAUGACAUCAAUAUUCAGGGACACCGUAAUCCGGCGCUCGGCUCGAACAACACCCUCACCCGCAGCUACCAUCAGCCUUCUUCUACCAACUCGUCGACGAACAACCUCUACGGGCCUCUAGGUACCCUUUCCCGCGACUUGAAGCACGCCAUCAACGACAUCUCGCCGCCGGUGAUCAACGCCUCCGCGAAUCCGCACCUCGUCAACUACAUUCAGACGUCGUCGUUCGACAACGGUUAGUUCCUCCCCUUUUUGUUGUCCAUCCACGUCACUGAUUCGGUGUUUUGUGGCUGCGAGGGGGUGUUCAUUCUGAUCUGCAGUCUUGUGACCGAAAGGGCUUCGAAAAAUAUCUCGAACUGGCGGUUUUUGGCCACUUGCGCAAGACGAUCUUCGGCGUCGCCAACGGAAAUUCCAAUUUUCUCGUUCGGAAAGCACUGCUGCCGCCGCCACUUUCUCUCGUGCCUACUAGUACGUAUCCGCCCGCACUUUCUCCGAAUAGUAAGAGGCGAAGCUGUGUGUUUGUUGUGCGAUAAUCGAUGAAUCAAACUAUUAAUAAACAAUGGUUGGCAACACGGUUACGAGAGAAAACAAUCGCAUUCUGGUUUCCGGAAACUGGACGACUCUCGCCUCUGACGCCCUUUCGAUCGCUUUUUCCAGGUCCUUCUUCCUCUUCCCUCGAGACCAUUUUGUUCGUUUUCUUCUCUUUUCUUCUUCCGCUUCUUCUUCUUCUUCUUCUCCUUCUUCUUACUUGCCGUCGUAAUUCAAAAUGGCCCCUCUCUCGGCGGCGGAUCCACCAGCUGUCUAAUGAACGAAGGCCCCGUAUUACAUUGUCCAUUGCACAAAGAAUGCAACGAGAAGCUCGUCCGAUUCUUGAGCACUCACGCCGAGUUCACUUAUUUCAACUGCCAAAUAAAGCCAAUUUUCGCCAAUUCGGAGGCACGAGCCUAGGAGGGCAUAUUAAUCCGAUCCGAGAAAGGGAAAAGGAGAGAGCGAGAAGAGACCAGUGGCUACUGCCCCCGUCGGCCGCUCAUCCAUUCCCCUUUCAUCUGUUUUCGCCUCCGUUUGAUUGAUGCCACUGCAAAACAGAUAUGCCCAUCAAAAUUUUCGAAAGAUUUGAACUUUGUCACACCCGAUUGCCUACUGUUAAAAGUGGAUUUUGAUGCGUUAGUCACAAGAAACGGAAACGAGAAGGCCAUUUCCGCGAUGUCCUUUCGUUUCCUUUCCACAAAUGUUUCCCUUGAGCUCUGACGAAUUCGAGCUGGAACAACAGGACGCCGCCGUUUUUUUUGCCUUCUGGAAAUCGCUUUCCGUGAAUCGGCAAUUAUCUCAACCUCCCGCGGCAGACAUUUUCUUCUCUUCUUGCUCCUUCCGUUUCUUGACCUCUUUUGCUUCUCGUCUCUAGCUUUUUUGCUAUUCAAAACUGGAAUAGGAAUUCGGUUUCUGGGGGCCACCGCAUAUCCUCUCCAUCUCCUUCCUAAUUUCCAGGCGAGCCAGAUCCGCAGCCAAGAUAUCAGCUUUCCCCGUUUCCUCUUCUUCCCUUUCCUUUCGCUUCUCAUCCUCCGUCGUCUCGCCUCCUCCGUCCAAUUACCCGGCGACGAGGUUUUCGCGCGGAGAGCCCGCGACGCCUUCUGUGCCCCGACCGAAAAGAAGUUUUGUUCUUUCGGAUGCAAAUCUGAUUUUGCCCUCUUCGUUUUUUUUUUCAUUCCUUCGGGCGGUCUCGUGCCCUUGAGGUCUCCUGCCUCACUUUUUGCCGCCUCGUUUCAUAUUCUCUUUCUCACGCUCAUCAUCACAAUCAUUGUCGUCGUCCGAGUAGGAGAAUUGCGUCGCCGUCGCCGUCGUCAUCCUUUCAACACCGGCUUUCAAUUGACGAUAGCGCUUUUUUGAAUGGCCUCCUUCUCGUCCGGAGGCCUCCGCCGCAAUGAGAACACUAUAGUAGCUGACUGAAGGGACAGCGAGCAAGAAUAUACGGCUUCUGCCUCCCCUUCUUUUUCUUCUUUUUCUCCGAGCACUCUUUAUUUUUCAAUUAUGAACAUGCAAAACUACGCUAGUUGUGUUUGUGCCCACGCCGUGAAAUCAGUCAGAUAUAAAAUCUAUUUCUGUUCAUCUAAUGCAGCUGAAAUCGAGUUGCGUCAGGGUGUGGGAAUGUAGGUGGAAUGACGAUGAAAUCAGUCAGAAGCCUGGCUCCAGUAAUCCCUUCCAUUUCCUAUUUUCUUCGCAGUAUUGAGUUACCACUUCACCUCCGCCAUAUUCAUAAUCUUCCUUUGAUUACAAGAGAAAACCGGAAACAGCCCCGGCAGAAAACCAACGUUUUGUAUUCAAAUGCACACACAAAUAUUUGUUCGAGACGGUGGAAAGUAGUCAUAUUUUAUUUCAGUGCCCUUCUUUCGCUAUUUCCUUCCUGCCCCACGAACAUUAAUCCCCAUCCAUGUCUGGAAACGCAAUUUUAUAAUGUAUCUUUUGCCGCGUAUAGUACUCCCGUCCGAUACACUUCUGCAUGAGACACUGCUCCUGCUGCUCUUUCCGCGGGUCUCGCUCCUCACCCAUUUCUGUUUGUUUUUGCAUAAACACUCACCACGACUUCGACGCUCUUUCCGCGACGUUUCUAUAGUUUAUUUCUUCUCCCCCUCUUUUUCUUCUCCAUCUUCAUCUCCUUCUAUUUUCUUAUACACCAAUUUCGAGAUAAUAUCAUCUGCUCUGGAAAUCCGUUGGCAAUCCUAUGCGGAUUCGAGCUAGAGCCGCCGCUCUCGGCCGGAUUAUAUUCUGUUGUUAGGAUGAACCCGUCUAGAACGAGGGGGAGUUUUUUUCCCGUUUAUUUUUCUGUCGCCAGAAGAAUUCAUCGUGAUACGCCAAUACAAAAACAAUCAUAACUCGAGACAGUUUCUGCCCCUUGUGCCAUUCCAUUCCAAUCGGAACGCACUUUUGUUUCGAGUAUCACGUGCUUCUGCCAGGCGGUAAUCAGAAAUGAAAAGGCAAAGUGCCACGUCACUCUUCUGCUUGUGUCAACAACACGGAUGUUCGUGUCAUUAGGGCCCAUCUAGUUCUCCUUCCUCUUCUGCUACUGUCUUUCCUUCCCGUCCGUCAUUGCCAAUACUUGCUUCCAGUCUCUCUUGAUAAUGACAACCUACUCAACAUCUUCUUCUUCUCCCUUUUCAUCAGCUCUUCUUCAUCUUCAUCUUCUUCUUCUUCUUCUUCUUCUUCCUCCUCGUCUUAAUUUGUGCCUAUUCAUUCACAGAACACCUUCUGAUACGUGCCAAAUGCAAGCGGAUUAUCUCGAGGUUGGGCUCACGUGUCUUCUGCAAACUCGAUGUACCUCAACCCGAUUUCCAGUUUCUUCGCACCCAAAGUUUUCAGUUUGAUUCCCCUGAAUUCCACAUUUGAUUGUUUGUCGAUCUAAUCACAGGAUCACAAUCGAAAUGGAGUAUUGUUUGCCGGUUUCUGGGGUGCUGCCUUGUUGGAAAGGCUCUCGAAAUCGGUCAACAGACACCAAAAACAGCGGAAGACGGGAGUCUGUGCCCCGGCGGCAGGUGACGAAAUCGGAACCUCCAGGUAGUAUUCGUUCCCGACCAGUUCUUGACGGUCUUGUUUUCGAUUCCGUCUUCUUCUACUCCUUCUUCUCGUCUCGAUCUGAAAAAAAGAACUAAAGAAUAUGAUUUGAUUCUUUACGGUCGAAAUAGUCUCGAGAAGGCACCGUCGCAUCGCCAUGACGAUCCGUCCCGAAACUACGCGAAGUCACCUAGUUACCGCCAGUUUGCCACCUCAUUUCCUCCUUCCAUUUGGCCGUUUUUCUCUCGGAAUUUCAUUUAAUGGCUGGCACAGGUCACCCCGACCUCUCCGUUUUAUUUCCGAACAUGUCUUGACGCACAGGUGAUAAAACCUCAUAAAAGAAGUCGGACGCCACUGCCAAGUCAUCUCCAUUACUUCGUGCGCAAUUCCUUUCCGUGGGCCGAGGCCGGCAUCGUGUGAUUCUGCAUAAUCCAAUCGAGCUUAAUCCUCGUUUCCUUUCUACCUUCCUCUCACUAAAAACUCUGCAUCGAAAGUUUCUCUUCCGCUUCUUUUUCUUCUUCUUCGUUUUCUUUUCACAUCGUCUCCUUGCUUCUUUCUUUCAUUUCACUUGAAGACUCCAAAAGUACACUUCUCCUUUUCCGCUUUUUUAUUCUCUUCAUUUGUGAUCAGCAGUUGCAGGAGCACACGCGGCAACGCGCGGCUUUUCCGCGCCCGUGCACAUACGUAAACUCUUCUUUCUUUGCCCAUUUUCGCCUCUCGCAGGGUAAACAGUACGUCGUCUUUCUUCUGUCGUUCCAAUGACGAAAGCACUCACGUAAACUGCCGGCCACUGUCCAUUCCUCCUCCCGCUUGUUUGCCUACUGUUUCGAUUUGAUCUGUUUGCAAUGAGCUGUUGUUUUUUUGUGGCUCCCUCGGGAUUUGGUUUUGGCGCCAACACAAGUGGAAUGAAACUAACGCAACAGAAGAACAGAGAACGGAGGCAAAACGAUGAUGGCAUGGAUGUUUUGUGGACCACCAGUAACCAUGGCUUCUCGCAUGUGCUGCAGAUGUCUCUGCGUCUGGAGACACUCUCCAGUUUUAACGUUCUGUUAGUGUAGCGGGUCACCUGUUGGUCAGCUUUCCGCUUUUUCACAUCUCUUCAAAACCAAUGAGUUUGAGGAGCAAAAGUCGUCAGGUGUGACUGAGGCAAAGAGUUCCCCUCUUCCUCUCCCUGUUGUCAACUGAACAUCCAGUUCAAGCUUCUUCUUCCUGAUCGCUUCUUAUCUUCCGCGCACUUGUCAAGAUGUUGUUCACGUUGUCACAUGUACGUGUUUGACGUGUAAGUGAAUUCUUCUCAUCAGACGCGAGCACUUCUUCUUUUGAACCCGUCAACAUGCGCGAUUCAUUUGUGUGUGGUUUUUCCGCAAGCCGUGUGACCUGUGCCACCCAAAUACGUCAAUCGGUUCGUCACCAGCGAUGCGGCGCCGCGUCCUUCCUCCCAUCGCAGCUGUUCGGCGGUUUGCGCGGCUUUCCGGGGCGCGUCACCGUCGGCGUCUCCGAUCCGCUCACAUGUGUUCUUCCGCACUCUUACCGCAACCGGAAUGGUUCGGCGGUUCUGUUUUCCCUUCUGCUCCGUAUUUGGAGAGCCGCCCCAACCAGCACACGCGGCGUCCUGGGGCGGCACGCAGCAGCUCACGCAUCACUCGCGGCUCCGGCGCUCCAGAGGCUCGCCCGAAUACCGUGUUUGUUUUUCCGGUCAGUCAGCGGCAUGCGACGGGCGCGAGCUUUUGCUCAUUGCCAGCUUGCAGCCUUCUUCCCGCUUCCGCACUUUCCGCAGUCCCUUUCCGGGACACAUGUUUUCUUCUUUUGAUUCUCUCUUUCCUCCUCUAUUCCUCCAGUUUCCACGAAUUAUUCAGAAUUCUUGGAGUCGGUGGCUCGAAAAAGAACUCUCUUUCGUCUUUCCUUAUAUUCCUCUGCGUCAUCAAGCUCCUUCGUUAAUAAUUCAGUUCGCCAAGACGAAUAUAUUCUUAACUUCUUCUCCGCUUCAAUUGAUAUUCGAUCAGUCCCUUAUCACUAUGUUUUCAUUCUUUCGUUAAUUUCGAAAACACAUCCCAUUUUUUCAGGCUCGUACGACUUUCCCAGUGGACAAGCACAACAGCAACGGCGUCUCGGUGGAUCCCAACAGCACUUGGCUCCACUUCAACAGACAUCGUCGUCCCUUUAUUCAAACCCGCAGUCGUCGAGCUCUCAACUACUAGGCCAAUCAGUUCGGCCCAACUACGCUUAUCAGCAGUCUUUGCCACGUCAACAACAUUGCAAUAGUCACCAGACUCAGGCCGUAAGUUCUUGAUAUUUUCGCCUCCCUUCACAUGUCCCCUUGUUCCAGUUCUUCGGUACAAUCAGAGGCCCGGUCAACACGACUAACAUUGUGACGCCUCUCCGUGCCUCCAAAACGAUGAUUGACGUGUUGGCGCCAGUGAGAGAUUCGUUGGCUGCACAGGCUACCACAGGAACCCUUCCAAGUGUAGGAACCAGUUCCUCCAACGGUUAGUUUCUUUUUCUUCCUGUAUGCAGAUACUCGGACAUUUCUGACUUUUGACCGGAAGGAAGCCAUCCCUCUAUUUAUAUCAGCCCACCUUCUCUCUAAUCUUGUUUUUCCACCUGAGACGCAAAAUCGGAUUUUGGCGGCACUAAAUGAGCAUACUUGGAAAACGAAAACAGAACAAAAAACGAUACAGUUAGAAAAGAAGUGAGAAUCAGAGAAAAUCGAAAUUUAUUGGAAUGGUGUUCUGUUCUACUGCAAACAAAAGAGCCCGCCGUUUUCGGAACAAUUUCAACCUUUUCCCCUUUCUCUCUUCACAAAAUCCUAUGACUGAACUUGGUGAGCCCUUUCUCUGCUUUUCCGGUACGAGCACAGAAUCGAAUAGCUAACAAGCUGGCGUCCAUCUAUCAUGUAGAGUGACAAAGUGCUUUCCGUCACCCGUCCGUCCGUCUCCUCGACGCGGAACAUUUUCAUUCGAUUUGUGCUCUCCUCGGAAUAUAAUGACGGAUUUCCCUGCUUGUUAUUCCGCCCAUUCCAUUUCCUUUUCGAAAAAGAAGAACGGCGGAGAGAUUUGGUUGCCAGCAGCUAACAGCUAUUACGACAUUCGAACGAAAGGAGAGUAUAAUCGGUGCGUUGCCGUCGACUUCUGUUUCUUUCCCACUCACUUCUUCUCAUUUCUUCUUCCUUCUUCUUUUUCCCGUUUCCCGCUCACAAGUUUGAUUGGGAAAUAGCAUGGAUGACGGCUCCUCGCUUCUCCCCGCUUCGUCGUCUGCUCCUCCCCGAAAAAAGGAUCCCUCUCUCUCUCGUACAUCAGACACGCCUUCUCUUUUCCCCUCUAUCCACUGCUUCUGCUCUCACGUAUCGCCGGCUGAUAGUGGGAGGGGGAAGGAAAAGGAUAUCGGCACGAGCGACCCGACCGCUUCUGGUUUCUCCCUCCGGAUGAAUUCGAUUAUCGUAUUUUGACGGCGCCCGCUCCCUCCAGUUUUUCCCGUUGUCUACUUACUGCCAUGUAUUCUAGUCUAUUCGAGUUACGAGGUUCGUUCAGUUUUACUCUGGUAGUAGGGUUAGAAUGCAUACGGGUUGUAUUAGUGAAAAGAUCUCUGCUCACCGAGAGUGCUCAAUAUUUCGUUUUUAUGCUCUUGUACUACGUUUUACAAGCCACAUGAAGAGCACAUGUGGGGGAGCGCACACAUACACGCACGAGCUCAUUAUCGGUCACUUCGAGAGCACUACUGCCACGCUUGAAUGGUUUCUGUUUUGCGUGGCGCUGUGCCAAGAGGGAAAGUAAGAAAACUGGGGGAAGACGGAAGGAACAGACUGCACCCGCUCCACGCAGGUGUAUUCAUUCUUUUUGUCGUUUCGUCGAAACUCGGGGCAGUAAAACUGCGGAGCCACAUGCAAACGACAAGCUCUCGAUAGGAGGACCUGCGUCUCAAGCAGUCGGCGUGCUCUCUCGACACGAAAGAACAACUUUCGACUGCUGCUGGAGCAGCCUGAAACCUGCCUGGUUCUGCUCUUUUGCUAUCAGCAGAGACAGACAGUGCCACAGCCGAAUCCUCCCCGCUCUCCAUUCAACUCAAAAAAACAAUACACCUGUGGCCGGCUGCUGGCUCGCCUCUCUCAGCUUGUUGUUGUUUUGCCCUCGGCUCCGCCAUGUUCGCUAUUCCGUUUCACCGACUUUACUCCUAUGAAGGUAUGUUCUUUUUUGGUGAUGGUGGAACAAAAAGAGAGCGACAGCAAGCGGGGCGCCUGUUUGUUUUCACCCUGGUCGCCGGGAGAGAACAACCUGCGAAAAAACAUAAUACAAGCGUUUUUGUGUUGGUAAAUAUCUGUAGGACCAGAAACAUUAGAGGAGAAUCUCGUCGAAGGAUUAGAGCCGUUCAGAUCGGAUGAAUGUGUGUCAAAACACGCACUGUCUUUUUACUAUUCCCUGCAGUUUUGUUACAGUCUCCAUAACAACUGAAUAUUAUUUUUUCUUGUCAUCCUUUGUCAUCCAUUUCUCAGCAUUUAAAUCGCAAAUCGUGGUUUCCUGGAUGAGCUCCCAAUAAGACAAACACGAGGAAAAAGGAGAAGAUGGAAAGGAACGAGAAGAAGAAAUUACUGUUUGCGUAGGCAAACCGGGCUGAGUCACUUGUAUGUUUACUCUCUGUCUCGGGUAUGAUACGAACACUGAAAGCGAGGCUGCUGGAACUGUACUUUUUGAUCGUUCUCCUUCCGCCCAUUCGCUUCCAAAAACUCGCGAAAAUAUCUUGAUCAUGCAACUUCUCACGUGACCUAAAUGAUUAAUAAUUUAGCCUUUUGCACACCUUUUUCAAAACACUGUUUUCGGUGGGCCCCCGACUCUUUUUUUUGCAGCGCUCCACUAGUCACUUCCCCUCCCGUCCGACUCGACGCUUAAUUAAUUCGCGCAUGCGUGCUCGUUGCGCCUCGAGCCAGUCAAAUCAGCUGUCUUCCCUCUUCCCGUUUGUCGGCGCCGUCGUCGUCGUUUUUCUUCCUUCAAUUCGAUUAGUUCUAUUCCACACCCACACUCUGUGCUGGAGUUCUGGAGCGAAAUAAACUCUCAAUCGAAUUAUGAAUUUUCACAUGCUUCGUUCUCACUUUGCGUUUGGUCUUAGCCCCCAAAUAGGUCACCGACUGAGUGAAUAAUAAGCAAGUUUCGAUCCAAUUUGUCGUCCAAGGACGAGAUGACACACGCAAAGUGCAUGCGCCGGCACUAAAGUACGACCCAAAAGUAAACUGCCCGCCCGUUCGUACCUCUGUUCUUUGGCUUUUCAUCCGCGUUAUCCGUUUACCCUUUCUUUUUCAUUCUCAUCCUCGUUUUUUUGCACUUGUUUUCUGUUUAAUUAGGUGUUUCCCAUAGGAGAGUGGGCGAUCGAUCCAGUCAGCGCGUGUUAGUCAUCGUUCUCUGUCUGUGAACAACACCGCCUUAUCGUUUUGGUUGGGUUCCAGAUGGUUUACUCUCCCUUUUUUCUUUUUUUAAAUUCUGUUCCUCAUCAUAUUCUUCUCAAUUUUCUCUUUUUUUUUCGAUUUUUCUCACGCUUGCCACUGUACUACUCAUAUGUCCCUCCUCCAAUAUACUGGUUAUCAAAAAGGCGUUAGUACAAUAGACGCUUGUGACCGUUUAGAAAAAUGCACAUGCAAUACUGGCAGUUCAGUCAUGUGAUAAGCAUUUCGAAAUCGAGCACUUUAUCUUUUUUCAAUUCGGCGCUCGUAGGUCCGCAAUUGUUCGUCGUUUGCGGUGUUUUCAGAAAAUUCCUUUGGCGCGAAUCUUGAACUUUAAAAUUACGAUUUAUUUUUUGCCGGGACCUCAGUCGUCCUAAUCUCACUUUAUUUUUUUUUCCGUUCCUCGUCCGCUGUUGAAAGACCUCUAAUAAUUAGUGUAAUGGCUAUUAUCUUGCGAGGACAUGGGUGAAGGUCACAAAACGCGAAAUUCGACACCGAAAUGCCGGCGCUCUAGUCUCCAUUUCCGUUGAACGAAAUGUACGAUGUGUGUUAGUAUUUAUUUGCUGCGGACCACUUUUUCGUGGGAAAUGUGCUGCGAUGAAUUUGAUAGUAGGAUCCCCUCUUGUUAAAACUCGUCGGCGUCGAACGAAAAGAAAAGAAACGCGUUCGAUUUAUUCAUUCGUCCUAGAAAAUGAAGCGAGCGCGAAACCCCAUAAAUUUCGGCAAUUUCGACCAUCUGCACAGUUUCAAUCUGCCAUAAGGCUCGCUUUGCGUGUGCGACAGCGAAAAUCCGACCCUGUCUAGCAAAUACAUGACCGGCCAUCUGGGGUCGCUUUGCCCGAAUGCACUUUCCCGUACCACCAGGAACAUCACUAAAGAUGGCGAGCACAGACAACGAGAGAGGCGUUUGACCCGGCCCGGCAAACACGAACAAUGGUAUCGGGCCCUCCGCGCGGGUGUCCGCUCCCCUCGGUCCUUCAUCUUUUCCCCUCCGUCAUUUUCACCAUCACCUAGUUGUCGUUCGAAUCGCCAAUCUCUCGCUCAUUCUCGCGCCUUCCUGCGUCUCAAUAUUCUCACGGGGACCCGACGCGUACUACGAAAUGGACCGGACUGCCGGCUGGUCUCUUCAGAGACUGCUGUCUUAUGUAUGCGUCUCCGAACGGGCCAUUGUCCCUCAGUGCGGCCAGCCACGACGACCGCAUCGCCACCCUUACCAGUCACACCAACGGAUGCUGCGCGACUGGCGAAUUACUGCUCGUGGUCAAUUUUCAGCGUCCACGUAUCCCUUAGUCCUACUUUACCUCAUUUCUCAGUUUAUUGAUCCGUUCACCAAAUUAGGUCAGUGGUUUCUCCCGUUUUAGUACUCCUCGCGAUGCGUAUCAUCUCUCAUUUCUCACACAUUCAUUUUUAAUAAUCGAAUGAGACGGGCGCUCUUAAUAGAAUUCCAAUCAUUAACAUUUUUCGUGAGCGACAGGCAGUGAGCGAGUUGUUAAGAAUUGAAAGCUUGAUCGAAACAUGAUUGACACCUUUUUUGCUGAGACCACGCACCCGUCUCCUCUUGACACCAAGGCCAUUUAGCAUGGCCUCGGGUCGGACGAAAAAAAAACACAACGACGCAGGAAGGCAGAUGGGAGAAGAAGGAAAAGUCGUGUAGUCCCUUCUUUUCUUUGGUGCAGCUUCAAGUGGCCGAGAGGCCAAUUGAACGCACAACCUUGCAGUAAUAACACGCUCUGCUCCCGCUUUUCUCCGCGUCUCAGCCGAGAGUGUGUUGCCUCGUUCGCGAAAAGUACGGAUUUGAGACAAUCGUUGCCUCCUACUUUGACAAGUGCUACUACUUCUCUCUAUUUUCCCACCGUCUCGCCAAAAGGUUUCGCUUGUUUUCCGGGUUGUGACGUGGCUGGCUCGUUCUCUGUUCAAGAGGUUCUAGGAUGACGCCAAGACGCGUAGAAUAGGCGGCGCCCUCCUGAAAAGUUGCUUCUCUCCAUGAAUGAUUACACAGAGUGUGCGUGUAUUUGCACGCCCGCCGCGUCGACACCGCACAGACCAGCUGCGCGGAAGAGCCGCAAACGAAGACACAGUUGACCAAAAACAAUGGCACUGUUAUUAGUGUUCCCUUCCUUCGGUUACCCCCGCUUCCUUUCUUUCUCUAAAUAUUUUUGUCCACUCCUUCUUCUCAUAAUUUGAUUUCUUUCGUUAGGAACCGCAAGCGUAAAUUCCGGAUCCUAACCCAGACCGACAUCUGUGGUCCCAUUCGUUAACGUGAAACGAGCACAACAGAGUUUGAGUGUGAUACCCACAAACAUGACACUUUUUGAGCCGUACACAUCAGGAUUUCGGCUAGGGUUCAGAGGUGAGAGCGACCGAGACGGCCUCACGCCCCAGAUUAUUAGGGCGUUUACAGUCUAAAUGUCCGAGUUCAGAGUACAAAAAAUGACGUGGGAUCGUACCUGUUUUUAACCCCUGUUUUCAUCGCACACUUCCCCAUAAUUUUCAUCUCGUUUAUUUCAGGCUCGUCUGUCUCGUCAUCUGGAGUUGGAUCGGGUGGAUCUGGAAGUUUGAUGACGCAAUCGAUCGGCGGUCCCAAUAAACAUUUGUCCGCAUCACAUUCCACCCUCAACACAACUACGACACACGAUUCAAUUAUGCACACCAAAAUUCCGAAGAGUCCGAGCAAUGAAAGUCUCAGGUGAGGAAGGGAGAUGACGCUAUGGGAUUGCGAAAUGAGCGGAACUGGAUGUUUGAGAAAACAUUCCGCCGGUUCUUGUUUUGAACACAAAAAGUGAUUCGUAAUUCGUGGGUGAAUUACUGAUUACCUCGUUGCAUCUUGCAUGUUCUUGUUCUAUUAGUUUAGCACAAGUGGUAACAAGUUGGCCAAACAUUGGUUAUUUCUGGAAUUAUCAGCCGCACUCUCCUCGAUUUUUUAACUCAAAUGCUUUCAAAUCGAGAGACUCAAGAACACUUUCGAAAGCACGCGACGUUUCCUUGUUUCGCUCGUAAAACACUCCCCAAAAAUGUUGGCAUGUUUCGAACAAAGUGUCCUUUUUGAGACGACGCAAACACUCAAAUACCGCUGCCCUUUUUGUACAAUUUUUAUCGGAGAAAGUUUUCCGUUUCUUGCGUCACAACUCUUAUCGAAUUGAGCAGCAGACAAAAAGAACAAAGGAAAUAUAAAAAAUUUUGAUGUGGAAUAUAAAGCAGUUCUUUCAGCCGAUCGCACACUUCCUCGUCCGGAGGCAGCCAAGGCGGACACAACUCGAACUCUGGCUCCAACUCGGGAUUUCGACCAGAAGAUGCCGUUCAAACAUUCGGAGCCAAGUUGGUUCCGUAUGAGAAGAACGAAAUCUACAAUUACACACGGGUCUUUUUCGUCGGUUCACACGCCAAGAAGCAGCCCGGCGUGAUAGGAGGAGCCAAUAACGGUGGAUAUGACGAUGAGAAUGGAUCGUACCAGCUGGUCGUCCACGAUCAUAUCGCCUAUCGGUACGAAGUGCUCAAAGUGAUUGGAAAGGGAUCUUUCGGACAAGUGAGUAUUCUGGAAAUUUAAAAGAACGGGCGGUAAAGAUGGUUUUUAGGUCAUCAAAGCAUUCGAUCACAAAUAUCAGCAAUACGUGGCCUUAAAAUUGGUACGUAAUGAAAAGCGCUUCCACCGUCAGGCUGAUGAAGAGAUCCGAAUUCUGGAUCAUUUGCGGCGACAAGACGCCGAUGGAACGCACAACAUAAUACACAUGCUCGAUUAUUUCAAUUUCCGCAAUCACAAGUGCAUUACGUUUGAGCUGCUCAGCAUCAACCUUUAUGAGUUGAUCAAGAGAAAUAAGUUCCAAGGAUUCUCACUGAUGGUAGGCAGACAUUCACUCGUUCAUCUCACAUUCACGAUUGUUUUCAGCUCGUGAGAAAAUUCGCUUAUUCGAUGCUCUUGUGUUUGGACCUUCUGCAGAAGAACAGACUUAUUCAUUGCGAUUUGAAACCAGAGAACGUGCUUCUGAAGCAGCAAGGCCGAAGUGGAAUCAAGGUCAUCGACUUUGGAUCCUCUUGCUUCGAUGAUCAACGCAUUUAUACGUACAUCCAGUCGCGCUUCUACAGAGCCCCAGAAGUGAUACUCGGCACAAAGUACGGAAUGCCCAUUGACAUGUGGUCCCUCGGAUGCAUUCUCGCCGAACUGCUUACGGGAUACCCACUGCUGCCGGGAGAGGAUGAGAACGACCAGUUGGCACUGAUCAUCGAGUUGCUCGGAAUGCCGCCACCGAAGAGUCUCGAGUCGGCUAAACGUGCGCGCACGUUCAUCUCGUCUAAGGGAUAUCCUCGUUACUGCACAGCCACAGCCAUGACCGACGGAACUGUUGUUCUUACUGGAGCCAGGUUAGAAAAGAAAUCUAGAAGACUGUUCACCAAAUCGUCGUUUUCAGAUCAAAGAGAGGAAAGAUGCGUGGUCCACCAGCUUCCCGAUCAUGGUCGACAGCCUUGAAGAACAUGGGCGAUGAGUUGUUCGUCGAUUUCCUGAAGAGGUGUCUCGAUUGGGAUCCGGAGACGCGCAUGACACCUGCCCAGGCUCUCAAGCACAAGUGGCUCCGACGGAGGCUACCAAACCCACCGAGGGACGGAAUGGACUCCCUUCCAUCACUUGGAGACCAUGAGGUUCGUAUUUCAUCUCACUUUUUCAACUCCUGAAUAGUUCAUGAGAAUAAGGUGAACACAACUUGUAGAAAAAAGCGGAGACAUGUUUCAAAGAGUUGCCAAAUAUUGACUCGAAUGCCAAUAUUUUGAUGCGAAAAAAGUUUUGAAAAGUGCCGGAGACCCGGAGAGUGUAAGUAGUGUGCGUGUUACACUGACGUCCCACCCGUUCCGCUUUGGACUUCUCCGCUUUCUUCUCCCCACGGGUGUCUCAUUGCUUCCCGUCUCCACAAUCACUAAACACACUAAUCGGGAAAUGAAUGUGUGCGGUGUGGGGGAUUUUGUAACUAUGUGUGUUCAUUCUCCUCCACUUCUACCCCUAUUUGUCCCCUUUUUCGGUUCUGCCAUUCAUAUCUGCAAUCGCAUUUUUUCAGUAA